AUGGGUAUAAUCAUCGGAGUUCUACGUGUUGGUGUUAUCGGAUUGUUAGUAUUUUUAAAUAGAAGUCAUCUGAUUGAAUCGUAUCAUGUUUUACGGAAGGGCGUGCCAAAGAAAAUGGUGAAAUGUGUUGAUCGUGGAGUAUUAAGGAAUAUUACGAAAAUGGAAUCCAGGAAAUUCGAUAUGCUAGUAAGUCUGCGUGAAAAACUUAUCAACGCAGGUGUUCAGGUCAAUUUACAGCCUGCAGCUGCAGUAUCCUGCAGUAGUAUUGACAAAGAAGAGUUUCAAGAAAUGAAGAAAAUAAAUCUGAAAUUGAAAAAUAGGUUGACGGAAUUGGAAGAAAUGAUCAGACGCGCUGACGAAAAACAAAAGUCUCGGGAUCUACAAGAUUUAACAGACAAGGUAGACAAAAUGUUAAAUUACCAGCAGUCGUUAACGGAAAAAAUCGACGGUGAACUCGUGAGCAUCGGGAGCGACGUUGAAACUAUUAAAAACCGUUGUGGCGUGUUGAAUACAAUAUUCCACGAGCUAGAAAAUAAAUUUAUCUCAUUAGAAAGGAACAUGGAAAAGCCGAUGCGCAAAUAUGACGCAAUGAAGACGAGGAUCAGAACCCUAGAAAGAGAUGUAAUGAAAAAUACUUCACACGUCAUCGGUAUGGACCGUUCAAACCGUUCGUUGGAGUCGUGGACAAGACUGCAAUACUUCGGGUCCGCUGGAAUGUUUCCACCUACAGAUAACCACUGUUACGGUGAACCACCUGCAUUCGAUGCAGCUUCAUCUUAUAAUGAUACACCACCAGUGCCGAGACCACCGGCUCAGUAUUUUUUACCCUCGAUGACACAGUUUGGUCCGUCGGCGCCGCCACCUGCACCGCCGGCGCCUAAUAUAUUUUUGCCAAAACCACCACCGAUGACUCCGAAAAAAACGGAAUUGAAGGUGACGGGUUCUGACGAAUCAAGCUCUUCCUCGGUGAUCACACCGAAAGUAGAGAAAGUGUACAACCAGAUCCCCAUAACGACUGCUAUGCUUAAGUCCGUUGUUCUCAAGCCACCGGACGAGAGGAAGAGAGUAAGCAAAUCGGCGGCGAUAUAA